AUGGCGCUUCACUUACAGAGCACCGUCUUCGGCCAGCUGAUGCGCUUGCUCUCAAGCCGCAGGGUCUUCAAAUAUCCCGAUGAGAUUGAUCUAAGUUUAUGGGAAAAGGCAGUGCAGCAAGAUGACACCUAUCCCGAACCCAGCGGCAAUGCCAGCAACACAUUGCAAGGCACCGGGGCGGCCAAUGGGGCGCGACUAAGCCCAAUAUCCCAGGGCAAUCAUGGAAAUCUCAUUGUAGGCUGGUAUGGGCCCGACGAUCCUGAGAAUCCCCAGCAUUGGCCCCGAGCUUUGAAACACCUGAUUGCAUUUCAAAUGUGUAUACUCAACUUUGCUGUCUACAUCGCAAGCUCAAUAUACACACCCGGCGAGCACAACCUCAUGGAAGAAUUCCAGGUCAGCGAGGAAGUCGCUAUUUUGGGGUUGUCCCUCUUCACUAUGUACGCAGAAAGCACUCAUUCCCCGCCUUUGGUACAUUUUGUUAACUUCCUGCCCAUGUUGGCUCUCAGAGGUUACGGCUUUGGUCCCAUGCUUUGGUCCCCAUUGUCCGAGAUUCCAAGACUUGGCCGCAGUGGAAUUUUCUUCUAUACGCUUCUCGCAUUCAUACUCUUCCAAUUGCCGGUCGGCUUGGCACCCAAUGUCGUGGUUUUCCUCAUUUUCAGAUGGGUGACAGGCUUCUGUGGCAGCCCGUGCCUGUCGACAGGUGGCGGUACUAUCAAUGAUAUCUAUCCGCCCACGCAGGUACCCUUCUUGAUUUGCAUUUGGGCAUCGGCCGGCGUUUUAGGUCCUGUCUUCGGGCCGCUCAUCGGUGGCUAUCUUGCACCCGCCAUGGGCUGGCGGUGGACCAUCUGGGCAUUCACAUUUUUAUGUUGCUUGGUACUGGUCAUCAUGUUUUUCUUCCUCCCAGAGACAAGCGCAGACACCAUUCUUUAUAAAAGAGCCGCGCGACUUAGCAAGGCCAGCGGUCGCCAUUUGAUAAGUCGAUCGGAGGCCGACUCCGCACACCACACAGCGAGAGACGACGCGCUCCUCCUCAUGCGAGCUUUUACACUUACACUAUUCGAGCCUGUCGUUCUGUUGAUGAAUCUAUACGCCGGUCUUCUUUAUGGUGUGCUUUUCAUAUGGUUCGAAUCAUUCCCUCUCGUUUUUGGGAAUAUUUAUCAUUUUACCACUCAGCAACAAGGACUUGUUUUCCUGGCGAUCUUGGUUUUCACCCUGAUUAGCUUGCCUGUUUAUAUGCUAUGGAUGAAGUGGAGUUUGGUCCCGAAGAUGGGAACAAAGGCUUUCAAACCCGAACUCAUGCUUUUACCAACGUUUGUCGGCUGCUGGUCACUCCCCCUCUGCCUCUUCUGGUUCGGAUGGACGUCACGAUCUAGUAUCCACUGGAUAGUUCCCGUCAUUGGUUCUGGCACGUUCGCUAUUGGUGUUGUAACAUUGUUCAACACACUCUACACCUACCUCGGAAUGAUCUAUCCAAAAUACGCCGCGUCAAUCUUCGCCGGGGCGGCCUUGUUUCGAGCACUUUUUGGGGCGACUUUUCCUCUUUUCGCCCAGGUUCUCUUUGAUAAUCUUGGUGUGGGUCCGGGUAACUCUCUUCUGGGUGGGAUUUCGGUAUUGUUCAUCCCAGUGCCCUUUGUCUUCUACAAGUUUGGGGAGAGGAUUCGACGACAUAGCAAGCACGCAUCCGCAUAA